AUGGCUGAUCUUGCGAGCCGCAUCACCAAGCCCGACGACAAGCCGGCCGAUGCUGCCCCCGCUGCCGAUGCCCCCGAUGCUCAGGUCGACGGUACACCAGAGGCACUGGGCGGCUCUGGCCUCCAGGAGCCCGAGUGGGAUGUCGAGGUCUCGCUGAGCGACCUUCAAAACAACGAGGCGACGCCCUUUCACUCCGCCACCAAUUGGGAGGACCUUGGCCUGUCCCCAGACAUCCUCAAGGGUCUGCUUGCCCUCAACUUCCUGAAGCCGUCGAAAGUGCAGGGCAAAUCGCUGCCGCUGAUGCUGUCCAACCCACCGAGAAAUAUGCUGGCGCAGUCGCAGUCGGGCACCGGCAAGACGGCCGCCUUUGUCACGGCCAUUCUCUCCCGCGUCGACUACAAACAGCCCGAUGUGCCGCAGGCGCUUGCCCUGGCACCGAGUCGUGAGCUUGCCCGCCAGAUUGAGGGUGUCAUCAAGGCUAUUGGCAGAUUCAUCCCCGAACUCAAGGUGGCCGCCGCUAUUCCCGGUGCCCUGCCCCGUGGUGAACCCGUCAGAGCGUCCGUUAUUGUCGGCACUCCCGGCACCGUCAUGGACAUUAUCCGCCGGAAGCAGCUGGACGCCACGACAUUAAAGGUACUCGUGCUCGACGAGGCCGACAACAUGCUGGACCAGCAGGGUCUGGGCGACCAGUGCUUGCGCGUCAAGAAGAUGCUCCCCGAGACGAUCCAGACACUCUUGUUCUCUGCCACUUUUCCCGACAAGGUUAACAACUAUGCUGGAAAGUUUGCACCGAACGCGCACUCGCUCAAACUGCAGCGAAGCGAGCUCACAGUCAAAGGCAUCUCACAGAUGUUUAUUGACUGCCCUGACGACAACACGAAGUACGAUGUACUGUGCAAGCUGUAUGGGCUGAUGACGAUCGGCCAGUCUGUCAUCUUUGUCAAGACGAGAGAAAGUGCCAACGAGAUCCAGCGCCGCAUGGUUGCUGAUGGACACAAGGUGUCUGCGCUACACGCCGCGUUUGAUGGUAGCGAGCGAGAUGAUUUGCUUACCAAGUUCCGCACCGGUGAGAACAAGGUGCUGAUUACGACCAACGUUUUGGCGCGCGGCAUCGACGUCUCGUCCGUGUCCAUGGUCAUCAACUACGACAUCCCCAUGAAGGGCCGCAACGACGAAGAGCCCGACUACGAGACGUAUCUUCACCGUAUCGGCCGCACAGGUCGCUUUGGCCGUGUCGGCGUCAGCAUCAGCUUUGUCUACGACAAGAAGAGCUUUGACGCGCUGAGCAAGAUUGCGGAGCAGUUUGGCAUUGAUCUGGUGCAUCUGGACACGGAGGAUUGGGACGAGGCCGAGGCGCGUGUCAAGGAAGUCAUCAAGAAGAACCGCGCGCAGGCCAGCUACGCGCCCAGUGCCACGGACAAGCAGGGAGGAGCAGGAGGAGCAGGAGCAGCAGCCCCAGCGCCGGCAGCCUAG